CACGGGACCGUAAUGUCACUAGGUUCACAAUGCCCAACAAAUCUGUGAGCUCGCGACCUCUCCACUGGGAAAGAUUUCGCCUGAAAAUAGGAAGAAUAUAAACCUGGGGAGCAGCUAGUGGAGCUGGUUAUCAAAACAAAACCGAAAAAGUUGUUGAUGCUUCAAUGAUUCUGCAAGAGGCGCUUUGUCCGUUUACUAUGUGUCAACGGGGAGUGAAUUUCGCUGAACAUUUAUAUUCUGGACCGUUUUAACCCAAGCUAAACAGCUAGGCGAGAGGAUUUCUAGCUCGCUAGCUAAUUUACUGCUAUAGCCAGCGAAGAAGCAGUGGUGGUAGACUUUGCAAAGAGCAACUGCUAGCUACGAUUGUAGCUAGCCAGCUCUUCAUAGCCAGCUACCUCCACUUUUGCGAUUUUCCGUCAAAUGGGUGCAUGUUAUAAUGUGCAGUUGCUGUUUUUGCAAUUUGCACAAUAACGUCAAUGAUUACAAAAACCAAGCUAGUUUGUUUGUUAAUCGCUUAGCUAACGUUACUCGUUCGGCUUUGUGAAUUAAGGGCAGGCCAUGGACUGAAUAACGUACAAGAAUGGUGUCUCGCUAUCUUGAUGACUAGCAGUCAUAUAUUGGAUCAUAUAAAUUGGGUACAACUAAACAAUAGAAACCUUGAAUUUGGUUUGUGUGUGUAAAACUCAAGACCACUAACGUUAGUUAGCCUAUAUAGUUAUUUGGAUCAUCAUGCGUUGGAUUGCUGGGCCCUUGUUCCAAAUUGGAUGAAAGAAACGCAGAGAACGGAUUAUCCAGUCGUCAAUUUUGAACUAAUUUGCAUUUACGGUGAACGGAGGCGAUAUACAAUGUCUACAGCGAAAGAGAACCCUUGCAGAAAAUUCCAGGCGAACAUUUUUAAUAAAAGUAAAUGUCAGAACUGCUUCAAACCUCGGGAGUUGCAUCUCUUGACCGAUCAAGAUCUGAAUCAGGCCAAACCUAUUUACGGCGGAUGGCUGUGCUUGGCCCCCGAGGGAACAGACUUUGACAACCCCAUGCAGAGAUCCCGGAAAUGGCAGCGGCGGUUCUUUGUGCUGUACGAACAUGGCUGCCUGCGUUUCGCCCUGGAUGAAUCGCCGAGCACGCUGCCCCAGGGCACGGUAAAUAUGAACCUGUGUGCUGACGUCAUUGACGCAGAGCCCAAGACUGGCCAGAAGAACGCUCUCUGUAUCAUCACUCCUGAACAGGAGUACUUUAUACGAGGGGAGAACAAAGAGAUCAUCAAUGGGUGGACUGAACAGCUGGUGGUGUAUCCCAGGACCAACAAGCAGAACCAGAAGAAGAAACGCAAGGUGGAGCCCACCACUUCUCAGGAGCCAGGACCAGCAAAGGUGGCGGUGACGGGCUCAGGUAUCCCCGAGGCGGGCUCAGAGAAGGUUCAAGACUCCAGCUCCAUCAUCUGGCAGGAGGAGCUGAGCCAGAGAGAGGCUGAGGGGGCGGCCGUAUGGCCUUCUGCUGACCUGCCCUUGCUGGGCUCACCACCACCCUCUACAGGUGAUUGUGGUUCCGUGGGUCAGGGCUCAGACGCCGGCUCAGUCAACGGUGACGAGGUGGACCGUAGCGGCCUCCCUCUCCACGGCUCAGUCCCGCUCCCCCACCACGACCUCCUGUCUCCCACGGGCUCCUGCUCCAGCCUGGGCGGGGUGCCCCGCUGCCUCUCUCCGGUCCCCAGCGACCCUUUCCCCUCCGGCAGCUCCCUGCUGUCCAACGGCUCCCACAUCAGUGGCUCUGUUAGCUCGCUGGACUCUGACGCCAGCGGCAGCACGGUAACCAGCACAGAGAGCCACCCGGCGGGGCGGUUAGGGCUAGGCCACAGCGGGCACAAUGAUACGCCACGGUCCAGGAGGCUGGAGGCCGAGGCCAGGAAGGCAGAGAAGAGGAGUCGAGUGAGGAGUCCUGGUGAGGAGAAAGAGGCCAUGUUCAGUCCUGAAAGGAGUCGAUCUGGGGUGAUAGAGAAGCUGGAGGCAUUGGAGCUGGAGAAUGCAGAGAGGAUGGAGGUGGAGGAGGCUGGGAGGACUGGAGCCAGACAGGGCCGCAGCGAACACAGACGCUUCCACAGAGAGGAGCAGAGACAUGACCUGGGCCAGAGCCUGGACUUCCCCUCCACUCUGCCCCCUCUGAGACGAGCCAAGUCCCUGGACCGCAGGACAACCGAGUCUGUCAUGACCCCCGACUUGCUGAACUUCAAGAAAGGUUGGAUGGUGAAGCUGGAUGAGCAAGGACAUUGGAAGAAGUAUUGGUUCGUACUGACAGACCACAGCCUCGGAUACUACAAGGACUCCAUUGCUGAAGAGGCUUCAGAUCUGGACGGGGAAAUAGACCUGUCUACGUGUUAUAAUGUCACUGAAUACCAGGCUCAACGCAACUACGGCUUCCAGAUACAUACCCAGGAGGGCAUGCACACCCUGUCGGCCAUGACUGCAGGCAUAAGGAGGAACUGGAUCCAGGCUGUCAUGAAAAACGUCAGACCCUCCACUGCUCCGGAUGUGGCAAGCAACCAUGGCUCCUUCUCCCCACUGGAGGGACUACUUCGGCCGGACGUGACCCAGGACUCCCUUUCCUCCGAAACCUCGUCCAUGGAGCGAGAGCCAGGGCCAGGCCCCAAGAAAAGUCGGGCCCGCGAGCGCCGGCGAGAGGGCCGUUCCAAGACCUUCGACUGGGCCGAGUUCCGACCCAUCGCCCAGGCUCUGGCCCAGCAGCGGGCCCAGGAGGCCGAGCCCCUGCAGACUGACCUAGGAGACCCCGAUCGGAGCCAGAGGCGGGAAGAACGAAGGAGGAGAAUUGAGUCUGUGAUUAGUUCCUCCGUGGACCAACCAGCAGGCUCCGAGGCUGGGAGAAUGGACUAUGAGAGUGGGAGAGGGAGUGAAGGCAGCCCUGGGGGUGAGUGUGGGGGUCCCCCCUCCCUGGACAGGCAGCAGAAGGUGGAGGAGGAGAUCGAGCAGCACUGGCAGCAGGUGGAGCAGACUCCCAUCAGGGAUGAGAGGAGGGUACCUCUGCCCUCGACACUGCAGACCAGGGAGACGGCCGAGCUGGAGAAACUGCUGGAGAGCUACAAGAAAGGGGUAGAAGAGCUAAAGCUGCAGUUGGAGAGCUGUCACCAGCAACUGGUGGACUCCAACCAGCACAAACACAAUCUGGAGGUCCAACUGAAGACGGCUCUGGAGAGAGAGCAGCACGUCCGCACCGGAUACAUCUCCCCGCUGGAGCUCCCUUUGGUUCUGGAGGCUGAUAUCGAGCCCCAGACGAAGAGCCCAGAACUGGUUCAUUCUCAAGCUCAGAGCUUAGCAAGGAAGUACCAGGAGACCAAAGAGCUCCUGCAGCUACAAGAACUGAAAAAGCGCAAUAUGCAGGCACAGCUUGGACUCUCGCUUUCUCACCUCUCCAUCAAGGAACCUUACCUUUCCGACCCCCAAACAACAGCCCCUCUGCACAGCCUGCCUCCGUCAGAGCCACCCGUCGAAAAGACCGUCAGCUUUUUGAUCAAAGAUAGUGCGGACAUUAUUCAAGAGUUAGAGGACUUGAUCUCAGGAAAGCUCCUGACUCUAAAGGGACUGGAUAGAUUGCUACGAUCUCACAGUGAAUUCAGUCUGGAGGGUAGUCUGGAUAUAGGAGAAAAGGGUAGCUGCGAGAGGCUCUUACAGAGCUGGAAGUAUCAGCAGGAGGUAGAGAAUGAGACUAUGAGGAAGAGCUUGGCCAGGGCGGGCGAAAGCAUCCGCAAUUACGAAUCACGACUCCUGACCAUGGAAGACAUGCUGGGAAGGGUUCAGGAGCAGAAGGUGGAGAGCCUGAAGAGCUCUUAUGGACCUCUGUGUCAAAAUGAAGAGCACUCUGAAUGCCACGAGAUCACAAUCAGGACUUUGUCCCAGAGGGUCGAACUUCUAACGAGCGAAAAUGGAGCGCUGCACCAGCGCUAUCAGGAGAUAGUGAACCAACUGACUGAGGCAGAUAGGGAGAUAGAUAGGCUUAAAGAUGAGCUAAUCAACUUGCAAGGUGGGAAACAGCACCUACUGAUCCUAGAGGAGCUGAACGGAGUUAGGGCCAGACUAGCGGAGAGCGAAGCCCAUGCUAUUGACAGGGAGGUCUAUGAGCGUGAGCUGAAUGAGAAAUCUGUGAAGCUUCAUGAGGCGCUGGUCACCUUGGAGGUGCUAGGAAACAGCCUGAAUGACACAGAGAGAAGACUGCAGCUGAAAGAGGCCACUCUCACAGGUCUGGGAUUCCAAAUGGCCAAAGAAGGUGACGAUGCGCCCCCUAAGGAGAAACUCAAAGAGCAGCUGGAGGGCACAGAGGCCAAGCUCUUAGAAAAGGAAGCGCUCCUUCAGUCCACACAGCAUCUCUGUAGAGAACUUCAAGCUCAGACGGUUGAACUUAAAACUAGAAACCAGGAAUCUGAGAGACUCCAGAGUCAAAAACUUAUAGAGGCAGAGAAUGAGAUUAGGAUGAUGCGAGCAAAAUUAGAGGCAAAGUCAGCUCGGGGGGAACAAGAAGUGAAUGUUAAUGAAGAGUUGAUGCAGACAAGUGAGAGGCAGGUAGUAGACGAAAGUGUUAUAAAGCAAUUAGUAGGUGGGGUAAAGAUGAAGUCUGAGGCCCUUAGUAAGGUGCUAGAAGUGUUAGCGAAGGUAGAUAUUAGUGUGGACAAAACGCUAAUUGAUAUGAAAAGCACUUUACAUAUCACAGACUGCCUUGGGUCCUUUGAAGAGGAGCCGGAUGAAGUAAGUCAGAGAGUAAUGAAAAGGUUGGUAUUCGAGGCAGAGUUCUGUAGUCGUCUAUUAAGUGCUGUAGAGGUUAACCCAGGCGAGACGGAAGGUGGAAGUUCAUGUAGUUUUGAAAGGCGUGUGGCAGAGCGUAUGGUAGCUGAGAAGAGCAUGUUGCUGUUGAUGAACAGGAUUUGUCCUCGACCAAAGAUGGAAGUUGAUAAUGAGAUGGCUGUGACUGCACAGACCAUGGAAGCAGACCUUUUGAAUUGGUCCAGCUGGCUUGAUAAUGACACCAACACUCUCAUUUUGAAAGAUUUAACAGAGGCAUUGCAAGAUAAAGUGUUUUUAUUGAACCUAAUUGCCUCCACAAUUGAGACAUCCACUAAUGACAGGCUCCUGUCCUUGGUCCUAGCUAGCUUUGAUUCCAGCAAACUAAAGAAACAAUGGUCUGAGCACCUUGAAGACGCAGCCACAGAAGCCAACAUGUCCUAUCUCAUCAGCAGGCUGAAGUUCCAACACGAGAAAGAGCUGAAAGAAACAAUGCUUGAAAAACGUCCGAUUGGCAACUCUGACUGUGCAAACUGCUCUCUACUGAGAGAACUGAACCAAGAUCUACAUUCCAAAAUGGCGGAUAUACAGAAUUAUCUGUCGAGCCUUGAAAGCCCUAUGAGUGAAGAUACUAGACCAAUAACACACAUUCAGAUCGAAGGAGAGCCCAUUGACUCCCUGGACAAGGCCAUUCAGCUACAGGACAUGGUGGCCAAGCACAAGCUGGAGCUGCGGGAGAUCAAGGACGUCUAUGCACAGGAAACAGAAAAGCUGAGACAGGAGGUGGCAAAGGUGGCCGAGAUAAUGCGUUUAGAACGUGAAGAGAACGUGAAGGAGAUCGACUCUCUGACUGUCUGUAUGGAGAACCUGAAGAAGAAACACGAGAUGGAGAGGAGUGUUCUGCUGGAGAAGUUCCACCACCAGAUGGAUGUCACCCCAGGAGGAAGCUAUCUCACUGGGGCAGAGGAUGGGACGAUGUCCCCUGAGACCUCCACAACCUCUGCCCUCAAGGAGCAAAUCCAGGAUCUGGUGGCCCAGGUCUCAACCAUGACGGAAGAGAUUAAGCGGAGGGAGCACCAGGGUGACGCAGCUACCCUCCGGCUGAAAUACGACAAAGACCUGGAGAACCUGAAGGCCACCUGUGAGAGGGGCUUUACUGCCAUGGAGGAUUCCCACCAGAAGGUGAUCGACGAGCUGCAGAGGAAACACCAGAGAGAGCUGGAAAACCUACACGAGGAAAAGGAGAGGCUGCUAGCCGAGGAGACUGCCGCUACCAUAGCCGCGAUCGAGGCGAUGAAGAACGCACACCGGUCGGAGCUGGAGAAGGAGCUGGACAAGGCCCGCAAGUCCAACUGCAACACGGAGAACGCAGACAUAGAGGAGAUAUGCAAGCAGCACGAAGAGGAGCUGUGUUCAUUCCAAAGGGAGAUCGAGGUGCUGUCGGAACAGUAUUCUCAGAAGUGCCUGGAGAACGCCCACCUGGCCCAAGCCUUGGAGGCUGAGAGACAGGCCCUCAGACAGUGUCAGAGGGAGAACCAGGACCUCAACGCACACAACCAGGAGCUGAACAACCGUCUAGCUGCAGAGAUCACUAAGAUGCGCUCUAUGGCGACUGAAGACGGGGGUGGAGACACCUGCAACGUCACACAUGGGAAGGAACUGUACGAGCUAGAGGUGAUGUUGAGGGUGAAGGAGUCGGAGGUCCAGUAUCUGAAACAGGAGAUCAACUCUCUGAAGGAUGAACUCCAGGUCGCCCAAAGAGAUAAGAAGUAUGCAACGGACAAGUACAAGGACAUCUACACAGAGCUGAGCAUCGUGAAGGCCAAAGCAGAGAGAGACCUGGGGAGGCUCAGAGAGCAGCUGCAGCUGGCCCACGAGGCACUGGGGGAACCCUCACUGGAGGAGGUGGAGAGGGCAGGAGGAUACGAUAUCAUGAAGUCCAAAAGCAACCCUGACAUUCUCAAGAUGGCGGCUGCUGCCGCAAAACGCUCAGAGCGCACCAUGAGGUCAAAGUCUGUGGCUCGUGACAUGCCCUGGGACAGCUAGGGCUGCCUGAGGACCUAUAGGCCUACCCUUCUCCUUUAGAGUCUUAAGGAAGGGCUGACUGCCGAGCAGCGACUCCAUCUGUUUGACAAAGACACUAAGGAGUUCUGACAGCGUCGCCUGCCUCGAACCGCUCCACCCACAUUGCUGCAUGUUUAGAAAGCCCACUAUAUUUUAGCUAGGGAGUUACUUAUUUAGAAACACACUGGUCACCACACACAUCGUAUAUUAAAAAAACAUGGUAUGAAGAUUGAAUUUUAUGUCUAGACUCAACAUUCCAUGCACUUCAGUUACUGUGACAUUUUGUUCGUUUUUUGUUUUCAGCGCCAUGUCUUACUGUAAAUACUCUGUACUGUUUUUAAUGAAGCAUCUAUCAUGCAAACACUAAAAAAAGAUGGCUGUGUAAGCUACUGUUUUAACUCCUUAGUCUGUGUGAAUAGCCGAAGGAAUAAGUGUAAUGUUGUAAUGGCUAAACACAACUACAUAAUGAGAGAAUAAUUACUUACAUAUUGAUGGAAUAACUACUUACAUAAGCAAACCGUAGGAACAAUCUUGCCUUCAGGCCUGCGUAUUAUGCUAGGUGAGGUCAGUAUGCACAUGUUAAUUCUUCUUUCCACCCCCUUAUCAUUUCAGCAUAGAUUACUGUCUGGCUCAGUAAACAAGCUAUGGAAAGAAAAUGUUUGCCUGCAUCAUUGUACAAGUAAACUAUCUGCUACAUUGGAUGUUGCUCCUCCAUUGUCUGAGUUGUUGGCUUGUAUAUGAUUAAUAUUAACAUCAUAGAAUGUUUUCUGAAACAUAGGACCAUUUUUAAAUUACCCCUGGAAGGUGACUGCUGAAUAAAUACAUUAUGGAUGGGAUUUGCUGAUUAUACUAUAAAUAUAUACAUUUAUAUAAUUGUUUUCCUUCUCUGUAAUCUUAUUGGUCCAGCUGUAUGGGAGGAUGAGUUGUUGGAGUCGGUUUGUAUGUAGUCUUGUUCAGUGGCAAUCUCUUUGUAUUUAUUUAAGUGUUUUUGGAUUAUUGUCUCACAUGCCAUUCCCUCUGUACUCUACUAUUGUAAAUAUACAGCCAAUGUACACCAACUGACAACAGGUUUAUUAGCAAUAAAUAUUUUUGCACCCUG